AGGGAGGGAAGGAGCCGCUGUAGUACAACAACAACAACAACUCCUCUCUGAACUUAUCGGUACAUUUCGACCAAAUUAAACUCUACUGCGGCCAAGCAGAACUACUCAGAAGCGUUUAAUGUUAUCAAACGUGUUAUAUAAUCUCUUUCUAAUACGUAGUUACAAGCAUACUCGGUUUAGAUACAGACUUUUUUCUUUUUUUUUUUGCCAUUUCGGGAGCGCGUUAGCUUAGCUUAGCUUAGGUAACCGUUAGUAGCGGAUUUGACAGCUUGUCAGUCAACUUGUACAACCUGUUUAUUUAUGUUUAUACGUCCAGCACAAAUGCUUUCAAGGAUAGUGAAGCUUAGCUCACGUUUUAGGUAAUAAAAAAAAAACAACUUCCGGAUCCCUGCUUUCAAAAUAAGAGCCCGAGUGAGUUCAUCACAAGUUAACACCUAGUUUUGCUGACUUGGAAGAAAAUGGAAAACAAGGAGUUGUCUGGUAAUGAUCUUCCAGUCCACUAUCUACGCCUCCUGGCCCCGCCUUUGCAGCUUUUGUCAGCUGCAGUGUGGCAAGUAGUGCAGCAGGGACUCGUGGACCACUAUGGGAUGCUGGAGGAGUUUGUUACCAUGGUGACGGAGCUGGUCCCAGAGCUGAUGAGUUACAGUCAGAGGGCUCAGCUUAUACUGGGACUCAGGUCCAGGCUGGUGCUGGAGAUGUGUCGAGGUGAGCACCCAGUAGACAUGCAGACUAUUCAGCCACAUCUGGAUAGAAUUAAAGCUCCUAUCAGCACAGCCAAGGAUCACCAUGUUACCAUCAACCAGGUGGAGGAAUCGGAGGUGAACUUUGUGGAGUUGGUGCAUUCAUUACUGGAGGAUCCCUCUGAAAGAAAACACUUCUUCCAGGAAAUCUUUCCCGUAUAUUUUGGCCCAAAAUAUGAUGCAGCACUUGAGAUGCUCGUGUGGGAGUUCAUAUCAAGACUGGAGGAGCUGAUGCCAGUUCCAGACUUCACACAGGUGGCAGCUUUGCUCGGAGACGCUCCGUCAUUCCUAGGCGAUUGUUUACAAUCAGUUUUCCCGCCAGAGGACAUGAAGGCUGUACUUGAACACCACAGAAACCUUGGCCACUUUGAAGAGAAAGAUCCUAGAUUAUUACCAAUGGAUGACUGCAUCCUCUCCUCCCUGUCUUUGCCUCCUGGGACCAAAUCUGUCAUGAAAACCACCGCCUGCCCACCUGCUCUCAAAGAUUCAAACCCUCCAGAGCACAAAGAAAGUCUCGACGCUCCCUUCAACACAAGCAGCCCGGAGAAGGCGAGCAGGAGGAGCUCCGAGACAGCGAGACAAAGACCGAAGGACACUAGAGACUCGGGCAGUUGGCAGCUGCGGGUUAGAGGCGGGAACAUUUGUCAGGAGAGGAAAGCGCAAGACACAGUUAGCGAACAGCCAUGUGACGAAACCAUAGACCUCACUGCACCUAAUGAGACUGCGGACAAAGAUUCAGCAGCUGAUGACAACAGCCAAAGCUUGAGGGGAGGGCGGAUUCUCAGGAAGAGGAAGCUGAGCGGAGGUGUGGACGUUCCCGCAAAACAGCCCGCAGAGGCAGCAGCUUUCUUGGAAUCGUCUAUUGAUGAUGAGAAUUCAGGUGAAUCUCCUUUAAUCUCGAUAUGGGGAGAUUAUACAGACACUCAGGAAGGUUCUUUCCCAGUUGUAACGGACACAAAAGUUCCCUGGUCGGAUGAGGAGACACUCAAUCUGCUCGACAUCUGGGGGAAGGACUCGGUGCAGCGGGCUUUGAAGGGCUGCUUGAAGAACCGUCACAUAUUCACGCAGAUCGCACAGAAGAUGGCAGAGAGAGGCUACAUGAGAACGGUGGAACAGUGCCAAACCAGGAUCAAACGACUGAAGAAAUGCUUCCGCCAGAACAACAAAGGGAACUCCAGGCUGGAGUAUAAAUUUUACGAGCAGUUGAAGCGAAUACUUGGCUCCUCAGCUCCCUCAGCUGUUCCCGAAGUCAGCUACGAUGUGGAAGAGGUCGUCGACGAAGACGAGUCUCAAGAUGGUGACGAGGACCUGCAGUUUCUCGGCCGCGCGAGCCAAGUGGAAAUCGGAACUCGAAGUGUCCCAUGGACAGACAUGGAGACGUUGGCCCUCAUCAACACGUGGGGUGAAGACAAGCUUCAGGGUUUACCCAGGACCGGACACAUUUUCUCCAUCAUAUCCAAAAAAAUGAGCGCACAGGGCUUCUCACGAACACCAGAGCAGUGCCAAACAAGACUGAAACGGGUGAAAUCCAUUUUCAGGCAAUGCUACCAAAACAACAUGAAGGGGCAGGAGCAAGUUGAGUGCAAGUUUUACAACGAACUGGGAAGAAUUUUAGUGAAGGACUUCCCUUCGGUGCCACUGUUGGAUGACAUACCAGAGCCUGAAGACAUGGACUUUCCCUCCUUCACCCAGCAGGAGAUCGAGUCUGCUCUGGGCAUUCAGGAAGACAGGAAGAAAGUCCCCUGGUCGGACAAAGAGACCAUCAUCCUUCUGGAGAUCUGGGGAGACCCACAGGUCCAGCAGAGCAUGAGACGCUACCCACACAACGGUCACAUUUACACCGAAAUAUCAGAGAAACUCGGCGCCAACGGUUACUCCCGCAGCGCAGAGCAGUGCCACACCAGGAUUAAACGUCUGAAAGCCAACUAUCGACAGUGUCAGGAAAACAUGAGCUCCUCCGGGACUGACAGAGUCGACUUUAAAUUUUAUGAUCUGCUGGAACAAAUCUUGGACAAACAGCCAUCAACAUCCUCCACCGUGGUGACGGACUCCAUCGAAAUAUCAGAAGACUCCAACAGUGAAUCAGUGACUGAAACAGAUGGAGAAAUCAGCAUGUCGACAGACAAACCAGCAUCGGGCUCGUGGUCAGACGAGGAGACCCUGGCGCUUAUCGAGAUCUGGGCCGACGAAGACGUUCAGAGAGCGCUCAGGGGUUCGGUCCACAACGGACACGUUUACGCCGACAUCUCGGAGAGAAUGCAAGACCUCGGCUUCUUGAAAACCUCGGAGCAGUGCCGCUGGAAAAUCAAGUCCCUGAGGAGCAACUUUCGACAGUGCUAUGACAAGAAGAAAUGUGGAAGAAGAGUCGAUUUUAGAUUCUACAAGCCGCUGGAACAAAUACUUGGACAGGAGGCAGUUUCUAUGGAUGAGUACGAUGAAAAAGACGAACAAGCAGACCAAGAUCCAGCUGAGAUAGGUGCAGACGGUGUCAACACAGCAUCGUGGACGGAGCAGGAGACGGUCACUCUCGUGGAAGUGUGGGCCGCAGACGACGUGCAGCACAGCCUGAAAACCUGCGUCCGCAACGGGCACAUAUUUGCGGACAUCGCAGAGAAACUGGCUACCAUGGGAUACCUGAGGACGGCAGAGCAGUGCCACAACCGCAUCAAAAGGCUGAAGAAGACUUACAGGCGGUACUGCAACACCCGGAGAAGCGGAGGACGACCAGCUGCGUAUCGAUACUUUCACCUCCUGGCUCCGGUGCUCGGUGAUAACUCUGUGUAUGCUGAUGUGGACAGUAUUGCUGCUGACACCACCUUGCAACCCUUUAUGGACAAGGAUUCUGACUUGUACGAGCAGCCCUCAGCCAGCCACCUCCUGUCCGACCUGAGCAAAAAGACGCCCUGGUCGGACCAGGAGACUCGCAUCCUGCUGGAGAUUUGGGGUGAAGACAGCGUCCAGCUCACCCUGAGGGGCUGCCUGAAGAACCGCCACGUGUUUGAGUACAUCUCCGAGAAGAUGAGUGAACGAGGAUUCAUCAGGACGUCGGAGCAGUGCUACUCCCGCAUCAAGCGCCUUAAACACGGCUUCCUCCAUGAAAAGGCGGAUUUUAAAUUUUUCAGCGAGAUGGAUGAAAUCUUCAGGAGGGAGCUGAAAGUGGACCGCUCAGUCACAGACACAUCGGUAACAGAUGAGCCCGAUGACUACACACACCUGCCCGCUCAAAAGAAAGGUACACCAUGGGCAGCUGACAGCUCUAAGCUGCCCUGGAGCGACGGUGAGACACAGUCCCUCCUGGAAAUAUGGGGGAGCGAGGAGAUCCAGGCGAACCUGAAGGGCUGCACCAAGAACAAACACAUCUUCAUCCAGAUCGCCGAGGUCAUGGCCAGCCAGGGCUACCAGCGCACGCCUGAACAGUGUCAGACCAGGAUAAAGAGGCUGAGGGCCAAUUUCAGACACUUCCUCGAGGGCAGAAAAGGAGAGAAACAGGAAUGCAAGUUCUUCGACCAGUUGGUGCAGGUUUUUGGCAACAAGUAUGUAAUAAACUCUGACCCCCUGACCGAGGACACAGCCGAUGGCUUAGAGACCUGAAACUGCCCCUCACCACAGAGUGAACUCAAGAGGACGGAGCAGCUGCAGACUGACAGAAGAACAUCCCGAAGAGAAAAAACAUUCAUGGUGAUAACGGCUGUGCUGUGCAGCUGUUUACAGAUGACAGAAGAGAGUCUGUCCAGGCUCACACACAGAUCUUCGUUUGCCUCUGUAUAUACUUCAAAUACUUUUACAUUCUUCAUACACACAGACCUGCUGCAGGCUUGGUCGUGGUGUGAGUGUGAUAGUGAGUGUGACACUGAGUAUUUGAGUGUGGUAUGUGUGUGUGUGUGUGUGUGUGUGUGUGUGUUAGCAUUCCUCCACCAGAGUGUCUUUGUAAUUAUUUAGAGCCAUGACAUUAAAACCAGGAAGCUCAGGGCUCGAGGGACAAACAUGGAUCUCUGAUCUUGACCUGGUGGGAGUCACAAAAUGCUGUUCUCCUCCAGAAAUCGUGUUUUUACUGGUACUUUAAUUAUUUUGUACUUGAACUACGAGUGAGUGAUUCAAAGCACACACACACAAAAAAAAAGAAUACACACAAAAAUGCCUCUCUUACUGUAACCACAGCGUACGUUUGCUUUGUCGUCUUAAUUCAGUCCUCACUUGUUGAACUUUGUGUCCUUGCACUUGUUUGGAUGUUUGCGAUGUGAAAAUUGAAUUCAUUAAGUUAAUUAUUUUUUACACGGUAUAAGUUAAUCUUGUCCAGAACUGUAUUUAUUUAAAUUAUUGUUUAUGUAUUUAAAUGACUUUACUUAUGUUACACUUCAAACUUUAUUAAAGCACAU